UAUCAGGUUUACGGAUGAGGACAGAGAGCUGUUGUGCUGUGCAGACUAUUUUACAAUUUAUUUUUUCCUCAGCGUUAAUGUAUAUUAUAGUCUUGUACUGGGUGAUAUAUUACAGGCCAUCAAUGCUCGCAUAAAUCGGUAUGCACAGACCAAUGUACACAUCGGAGAAUGUUGAUAUGUCGACAAACUACAAUACUACAAAGUUUCUAAACAACGGCGCUAUGGCAGAAAACUACAGCUUUCAGAAUAAUGAGGAUAACUUUUCCGGGUUAGUCUGGGAAAACGGGAUCGGAAGUCUGCCGGGAAGUGAACUCAAAUUUCGUAGAAACGAAAUUGGAGAGAUCGAACUAAUUAUGGAAGGAAUGGCUGACUUGUACAGUCCUCAAGCAGAAGUUUCCACGACAGACCCAUCAUUAUUGAUGAAUUACGGAACAGAAAAUAUGUCGAACAAUUUCGAAAACAGGAACUUAAAUGUGAAUGGAAUGAUGAACAACUAUCCGAGAGAUCAACUCAUACCACCAAUAGGACACACCUCGUUUGCGACUUACCAAGGAGUGAAUGACGGAGGAUUUCGACAGACAGAUUUCCAAGAAAUGCCUUUAAACGAUGUUAACGGCAUUGACCAGUUUCAAUCGGUAAAGGAUGAAGACGUUAUCAAAUCGGAAAGGAAAGAUUCGAACUUGCAAAAACAAGAGGAAAUCUUUUCUUGGGAAAAGUAUUUAAAAGAAAACAACGCAAUAGCGGCCCCUGAAAUCGUUUUUAGAGACAUCACCAAUACAGAUCCAUUUCCUCCUUCAAACAAGUUCGUUGUCGGAGAUCUAUUGGAAAGCGUUGACCCUCUUCACUGUUCCUUGAUUUGUGCAGUUUCCGUGGUCGAGGUCAAAGGUAAUAGAAUGCGACUUCAUUUUGAGGGUUAUUCCACUCUACAUGACUUUUGGGUGAAUUCAGACGAUAAAUACAUUUUUCCUUGUGGAUUUUGCAAAAAAACUGGUCGUGCUUUACACCCACCGAAAGAAUAUGAUGCCUCUAGAUUUGAUUGGAAGACGUACGCACAUUCGACGAAAAAAAUGAUAGCAGAAGAAGAAAAGUUUCACCGCGAUUUAAAUAAAAUAUGCGAAAACAACACAAAAUUCGAGAUUGGACAAAAAAUGGAAGCUAUUGACAAGCAAAACCCGGAAUUAACUUGUGUUGCCACGGUCACUGACGCUAUAGGCGAAUUAAUAUUGAUACAUUUUGAUGGAUGGAACAAUAAUUUUGACUAUUGGUGUGACAGCACUUCUAACUAUAUUCAUCCAAUUGGAUGGUGCGCAAAAGUUGGAAAAACGCUCCAAGUACCACAAGAUUUUGAACGUUCUGGUGUACCUUUUUCCUGGGAAGAGUAUUUGAAACAAACAGAUUCUAAGGCUGCUCCUGAGAAAACUUUCCAACGGAGAACAUCUCAUGGACUUAAAAACGGAAUGAGACUUGAAGUUGUUGACAAAAGAAAUCCAAUAUUAAUCAGAGUUGCCAGUGUUUCAGAUACAAAUGAGUUCCAAAUUAAGGUUCACUUCGACGGCUGGGAUAAAAUGUACGACUACUGGAUAGAUGUGGACAGUCCGGAUUUGCACCCAGCUGGUUGGUGCGCUCACACCGGACAUUCUUUGCAGCCCAAUAUAAAUGGAACUGAAAAACAGCCUUGGCAAAGUGGAUGUCCUAUCCCAGGCUGUGGCGGUCUUGGACACAUCAAGGGUUCAAAGUUCGUAGGUCAUCAUAGUGAAUACGGAUGUCCAUACUCGGCAAAGAACUUGGACAGCUAUCCAAUACAGGACAGAAUUCAACCCCGCAGAGGGCCUAAACCAUCAUCAUUAAUGAGUAGAAGAAUUUUAAAUCCACCUAUUGAUAAAAGUCAUAAAUCCAAUUCGAUCGAAGGAGAAAAAAAACGAAAUGUCAAUUUGAGAAGACAAUCAAGGAACUCUGUCUCAGAGUUUAAACGUGAAAAUGGAUCAGAAGACGCAGGAAAAGAUGAUUUUUGUAAAGACGUGGAACCGCCUGAGAAGCGAAGGCAUGUGGAGGAAAAAUCGAAAGAAAUCUCAAAGAUCGAAGGACGAAAUCUAUAUUACUCCUUGUAUAGUUCAACAAUGUGGUCUACAAUGCCUAACAGACAUCUUGCUAUAUACUGGGAACACUGUAAAAGUAUGUUACCAGGUAUGAAAGGCGUAAGGGCGUCAAUAAUCACUAAAUGGUCAUCAGCCGACGUCGCAAAAUUCGUGCAAGAAUUAACCGGACACGAAAAGUAUGGGAAAAUGUUUUUAAAUGAAGAAAUAGACGGAGAAGCAUUUUUGCUUUUAACUCAAAAUGACAUUUUUAAGGUUUUAAAAAUUAAACUAGGGCCUACUUUGAAAAUUCAUAAUGCUAUUUUGUAUGCGAGAGCAAAUGAUAAAUAAACGAGAAUAUCGGUCGGA